CAAAAGUCGAAUUCGUAUUUUUUAUUGCGUGAUAAAAAAAUUCUAAUUCUCUUUUAUUAAAAUUCUAAGCGAAUAACAUCGAUUUAAUAAAGUAGAAGUUUCUUCAAUAUCGAGUAUUAUAUGGCUCAUACAAAAUGAUAGCCAGACCUUGGACGGAGGAUUUGCCGAAGUGUCAAAAUACUUGCGUUGCUUCGUAUUUCUCUCAGAUAAGUGGAAAUGUUAAUUCCACCGACGAUUACCUUUGCUUCUACUGCCAAACAGAGGAUGGAUCGUGUUUGUAUGGAGUAUUUGAACCACACAAUGGCUUGGAUGCCGCUAGAUUUAUUAUGCAGCGUAUGGCGGUAGAAAUGCUGCUACCACCGCCAUGUAUCAGUAAUUCAGAUGAAGAGAUAAGGGAUAGGCUGAGGAAUGCCUUUGUAUCAGUUGAGAAAGCAUACAUAGAGAACUAUGACGGUAUGAUAGCUGAACGCACUUGCUUGCAGUACAGACUGCAGACAUUAAAUGAAACACAGAUAUCACAGAAUUGUGACAAUAUAUUGUCCCGUUUAAAAGAGAUUGACCAACAUUUGUCCGGAGGUGCUACUGUGGUUAUAGCAUUGGUGCAUAACGGCAAACUGUUUGUGGCCAACGUUGGAGAGACGAGAGCAUUACUUUGCCGUACUGAUGAUAACUCUGUACUCAGAGUUGUGCAAUUAACUGUUGAUCAUAGCUUGAAUAAUGAAGAUGAGUUGCUCCGGCUUUCGCAGUUAGGUCUGGACGUUAAUAAAUUGAGGAAUGCACAAUACCUAGGCAAUCAGUCAGGUACCCGCUGUGUGGGUAACUAUUUAGUAAAGGGUCUGUACAAGGCGUUCCCUCACAUUGGAUGUGCGGCCGCGGAGCCCGUGCUCGCUGCGCCGGAGAUACACGGACCUAUCGCUCUUGAUGAAUCAUGCAGAUUCCUAGUUCUAGUCAGCGCUGGAGUAUACAAACGUAUACAAGAAGUCCGAGGCUGCAGCGAACAGACAAACAAACAGCUAGCCCAAAUAAUAGUAGAGAAUUUUAGAAAGCAAACCGAUUUCACAAAUGUCAGCCAUUCAGUACUCGGGGAAAUUGAAGAUGAAUUUCUCACAUAUUGCAACAAAAAUAACCUAACACCGAAAGCAAAUACACAUGUAACUUUGUUAAUAAGAAAUUUUAACUUUCUACCGCCAGUUCCUCAGAAUGAUACCAUAAAUUUAAGGAAUCCCGUCCAUAAACAAAACGAACGAUCAUCUGUACGAUUCAAUCCGAUUGUGCAAUCGAAAUCGAAUACACUUUUAAAUGAAAUCGAUUCGGAAAUCGAUACAUCGGGUACUAUCGAUAUUGCUACGAACGAUAGUAAUAUCGAUACUAAUCAAUCGAAUGAUUCGGAUAUAUCGAGUUGUAGGCCGUAUGAUAGAGAUAGGAAGAUUAAAGGUUAUGUUGAUUUUACGUGUUAUUAUGAAAAUGUUGCUAAAGCUAGAAAAAAUGGUACCUUGCCUGGUUUUAUAAAAUGAUUUUUUUUUAUUUAUCGUCCUGAUUUUUUUAUUGUUUAGUAAGCUUUAAUCGUAUGAUUUAAAAACAGUAUUGUUUCACGGCUUUUCUUAUAAGUGUAAA